AUGGCGGAGCAGGACCGGGACGAGGACUGGGACGUGCCCGAGCGGGCUGCCGGCGGCGGGAAGAUGUCCCUGCACAGGUGUGAAACCUGUAGCAAAGAAGAAGCCAAGUACAGAUGUCCACGAUGCAUGAAAUAUUCAUGCAGCCUGUUGUGUGUAAAGAAACAUAAGCUUGCACUGAGCUGUAACGGAGUCAGGGAUAAAACAGCGUUUGUCUCUGUAAAUGAAUUUACUGACUUGAACCUUCUGAGUGAUUAUCGUUUCCUGGAAGAUGUGGGAAGGACAGCUGAUGCUGCUGCUCGACAUUGUAUCGUGCAUAGUCCAGCAACAAAAAGACUUUUAUACUUCUUGAGGAACAAAGCUCGAGGGUGUAAUAUUGAGCUAAAAACACUGCCUGUUGGAUUCACAAAAAGAAGAGAAAAUUCUACCACCUUCAAUUCCAUGGAGAACAAGUUCUACUGGCAUUUGAAACUCAUAUUUCCUCACUGUCAUGCUGAAUACACUUUAAAAGGGGUGCCUGACGAUAAAACCCUUGCUGAUAUCCUCAAGCCAUACAUUGAUCCAGUGGAGUCAGAUCCUGUAGUUUGUCAAAGAUUAAAAAUCUAUACAGCAUCUCCUCAGUCAGAUGUACGAAUUUUAAUGAAAAUAGAAAACAGGAGCCGAAACUCUGUCAGGUACAAUGAACUGGAUGCCAGCAGAAGCCUUCUAGAUAAUCUGAAAGGCAAAGUAAUAAUUGAGUAUCCAACGUUAUUUGUGGUCUUGAAAACACUGAAGAAUGACAUGGUGGUCCUUGGCCAAGAUGGCAGUGAGCCUGCAGAGAACUCAGACAAUGAAAACUCAUCCCUUUCAUCUGUGGAAGAAGGGGAGAUUCAGGACAGUUCAUGACAGUUCUUUGAGAGAACAGGAUGGAAUGAGCUUUUAUUUUUUUAAUUAUUUAAUUAAAUUCUUUUGAUACAA